AUGUAUAGGCAUGUCUUCGUCGUCCUGUGCGCCGUGCUCUUCGCCGGACAGACAACCGCCGUUCCUGCUGGGACUGGCAUCACCCAUCCACACUCGCAACCAUUAGGGCCUUUCGAGCCUGUACGCUUCGCUUCGCAAUCACAAACACAGAUCGCAUCCUCUCGAGGUCCCUUCACAUGGCUUCGAGAUUCAGUCAUCGAACGGAUAUGGGGCAUUGACAAAGAGAAACAGUCGCUCAAUAAACCCGGACCCCGACCCCGGCCGGAAAAGUCAUGGAGUCGAUACGGAAGCGAUAUCGUUUUGCGCAUUGAAGUCCACAACGCAGAGGAAAUCGAGGCUUUGGCAGAUGCCGUCAACAUUCUCUUUUUGGAUGUUUGGGACUCAAAUGAGAAUCAUGUAGACAUACGCCUUGCGAAGGAAGUGGUUCCCUCAUUGCUUGGACUGCUUCCGCGAUCUCUCCAAAAAUCAUACACCUUACUCAUUGAAGACCUAUCGAAAAUGAUCUACGAAUCGCAAUACCCAACCUCCGGUUUCAAGCAUCACAAGAACGGCCAAAGCACUAGCCACACGGAUCUACGAUCAGCCGAUGUAACUGAUAUGUUCUUCGAGAGAUACCAGAAGUUCCCCGUGAUCCUGCAAUGGAUGCGCUUACUUGUGUCCAUGUUCCCAGAGCAAGCAAAACUUGUCAACGUCGGAGUUACUCAUGAGGGCCGCGAUAUUCCGGCCCUCCGACUUGGUGUACGUGAUGACGAAAACGAAGAACCAAACAAAGAAACAAAGGAAGAACCACGGAAGACAGUCAUGAUCGUAGGAGGAUCGCACGCACGAGAAUGGAUCAGUACGUCGACAGUUGCCUACGUUGCCUUUCAACUACUCACCGAGUAUAACAAAUCACUUCCCGUCACCAAACUGCUGAAGGAAUUUGACUGGGUUCUUGUUCCUACGAUUAAUCCUGACGGGUAUGUUUACUCGUUCGAAAUGGAUCGCCUAUGGCGCAAAAGCAGACAGCAGACAGCACUCCCUUUCUGCCCCGGAAUAGAUUUGGAUCGUGCUUGGGGCUACGAGUGGGAUGGUGAGGGGACACGUGCAAACCCUUGUUCCGAAAGCUAUGCGGGUAACGCCCCUUUUGACAGCAUAGAGAUCAGGACUAUCGCCGAGUGGGCAUAUAACGAAACACAAAGCAAAAAAACAGAGUUUAUCGGCUUUUUGGAUCUUCACUCUUAUUCUCAGCAAAUUCUCUAUCCUUACUCAUAUUCCUGUGAAAGCGUGCCACCGUCGCUAGAAAAUUUGGAAGAGCUGGCAUACGGCAUUGCCAAAGCAAUCAGAAUGACCAAUCAAGAAUCGUACAGUGUCGAAUCAGCAUGUGGAGGAAUCGUAACGACCGACAAGGGAACUGGUCAACGGGUUUCAACCAAAGUCGAAAGCACAGGUGGCAGUGCACUCGACUGGUUCUAUCAUCAGCUCCAUGCGAAAUACUCGUACCAAAUCAAGUUACGCGACAAGGGAACGUGGGGAUUCCUCCUUCCUCCAGAGCACAUUGUGCCCACGGGCCGAGAGAUCUUCAACUCAGUUCUGGUACUUGGUCACUUUUUACUGGGCAACAGAGCAAAUGAUUUUGAAUGGUCAUUCAUUUCAGGAUCUGGAUCAGCAGAGAAAGAAAACAGCUCGCCUCGCAUAUUUGAUCAUUCGUUCUUCGAGACAAACACGGAAGAGCUAGAUAAGCCGCAUGAUGAUGAUGAUAAUGGCGACUAUUUUUCGGCGGUAGAAGACAAUGUAUAUCAAGACGAGGGCUGGGGAUUGUGGUAA